AAGGCCUUAGUAAGAGAUGGGCCUAAUUUUGUAGAUCCCAGCCCAAUAGCCCGCGAAGGUUGUAUCUGUUGCAGGCGGCGGAACCGCAUCAAAUCCCCUUUGUUAUCCACCAGAAUGAACGCAUAAAAUUCGCCGCAGAAAUCAAAGAUGGCACUGACGUCUCUGUCGCUAAAAGUUCCGAUUACUCCGCCGUUGAGAAUCACACGGCCAAACGCUUGCUUACAAUUUAAGUCGCCACCUGCCACUAGCUCCCCUCUAAUCAUCCACCGCAAGCUCCUGAUAGCAAAUGCAAAAUCAAGAAACGGAAUUUUGAUAAGGAGAGCAGUGGAGGAGAGUAAAGAGAGCACAGAAUCGGAGGCGACGAAGGAAGCGGAUAUUACGGAAGAAGAGUCGGGUGCUGAGAUAGGAGCGGAGAUAAAGAAGGCGAUGAUGGAGAGGAAGAAGGCAGAGAAAGAAGGUUUGCUGAGUGGAGUAGCAGAGGAAAUCGAAGAGAUUGAAUGGCCUGCUUUUGGUAAAGUGCUGGGAACUACUGGUGUUGUGCUCGGUGUUAUCGCUGCUUCUAGCGUCUUUUUGCUUACUGUUAAUGCCGUUUUGGCCGAGUUGUCUGAUACAGUUUUUGCUGGUAGAGGCGUUCAGGAUUUUUUUGGCUAGGCUUCGAGUGGAGAGAAGAGAAUUGUUUGGUUUUCUUUUUGCUUAAUUUAUUUUUUCUCUUUGGAAGCAUCAGGACAACUUGUAAAUCAGUAUUGCAGCUACUUUUUUUCACUUCA